GAGCAGGAGGAGCACUCCGGGGGAGGUGGGCGGGGCCUCGUUCCAGCUUGGCCAGAGCCUGCUAAGGCACAAGCUGCUGCGCUGGGGCUUGCACCUGACUAGACACCUUCCUGCUCAGUGCAGACUCUGGCAUCACCGGGAGCCCUCUCUUUCUGAAGCAGCCAUGCCCACGGCAAAGAGUGCCAGGGGUCCCCAGGGAGCUGCUGACCUCAAACUGGACCUCAAGCCCCCUCCCAGAAGUGCCAAUAAACAGCAGAACAAGGACUCCGAUUUCUUGGAUGGAAGCCCUUCUGAGUCACCGGGCUCAGAGACGACCAAGGGCAUAACUUACCGGGGCCUCUACUUCAGUUGAGAACCGCAGUGACAACAUCAAAAGCACAAGCAUUCCAGACCUUGGUUCACCUGGUGAAAGGUAACAUAGGCACAGGGAUCCUGGGACUACCCCUGGCUAUGAAGAAUGCAGGCAUCUUGCUGGGCCCACUCAGUUUGCUAGCCAUGGGCUUCAUCUCCUGCCACUGUAUGCACAUCCUGGUCAGGUGUGCCCAGCGCUUCUGCCACAGGCUGAACAAACCGUUUCUGGACUAUGGAGAUACAGUGAUGCAUGGACUAGAAGCCACCCCCAGCGCCUGGCUCCAGAACCACGCACACUGGGGAAGGCGUAUCGUGAGCUUCUUUCUUAUAGUCACCCAGAUGGGCUUCUGCUGCGUGUACAUUGUGUUUCUGGCUGAUAAUUUAAAACAGGUAGUGGAAGCAGUUAACAGCACAACCAACAACUGCCGUUACAAUGAGACAGUGACUCUGACGCCCACCAUGGACUCUCGCCUCUACAUGCUCACCUUCCUGCCCUUCCUGGCGCUGCUGGUUCUCAUCCGGAACCUCAGGGUCCUGACCGUCUUCUCCCUGUUGGCCAAUGUCAGCAUGCUCGUCAGCCUGAUCAUCAUCACCCAGUACAUCAUCCAGGGAAUUCCAGACCCAGGCCAGCUGCCAUUGGCAGCAAAUUGGAAGACCUACUCACUCUUCUUUGGAACAGCGGUUUUUUCAUUUGAAAGCAUUGGUGUGGUUCUGCCCCUGGAAAACAAGAUGAAGGAUGCCCGCCGCUUCCCACUCAUCCUGUCUUUGGGAAUGUCCAUCAUCACUGCCCUGUAUGUCAGCAUCGGAACUCUGGGCUACUUGCGGUUCGGAAAUGACAUCAAGGCCAGCAUAACCCUUAACCUGCCCAACUGCUGGCUGUACCAGUCAGUCAAGAUCCUCUACGUCAUUGGCAUCCUGUGCACCUACGCCCUGCAGUUCUACGUCCCUGCAGAAAUCAUCAUUCCCUUUGCCAUCUCCCAGGUGUCAAAGCGCUGGGCACUGCCUCUGGACUUGUCCAUCCGCCUCGCCAUGGUCUGCCUGACAUGCGUCUUGGCCAUCCUCGUCCCCCGCCUGGACCUGGUCCUCUCCCUGGUGGGCUCCGUGAGCAGCAGCGCCCUGGCCCUCAUCAUCCCGCCCCUCCUGGAGAUCGCCACCUACUACUCGGAGGGCAUGAGCCCCCUCACCAUCAUCAAGGAUGCCCUGAUCAGCAUCCUGGGCUUCUUGGGCUUUGUGAUGGGGACCUACCAGGCCCUGGAUGAGCUGAUCCAGUCCCGAGACUCUCUCACCUUUUCCAACUCCACCCUUUUUAUUCAGUAAAAAAAAGCACUUCUUCUUAUGUACCGGCACCUGACUUUUGAUGAUAGAAAUCUCUUUUAUAUACAUCAUCUAUAUUUUGCCGUUUUACCUCUCUCUGGGCCACAUCACAGUGAAACAAGCACGGACUCACCAGCUACAAGGUCUAUACGGUAAUUUUUAAAUUUUUUUUGUUGUUGUUAUUUAUUUCCUUUCCAUCUCUGGCUUUCCACUACACUGAGAGCUCUUCCAAUGAAGGCUUUUGAGUUGA